AUGGUCCCGAUACGCCAGAAACUGAAGAUUGCUACCGCGCAAGUUCAUAUCAUUGGCAAUCCUGAAAGAGCUCUUCAAAUACUGGAAACAAAAGUACGGAAACUUAGUUCCGAACAUGUCGACCUUGUUCUUUUCCCAGAAGUCUUCAUUGGUGGAUUUCCGCGACUCUCUACUUUUGGUAACUCUGCAGUUGGAGCAUUUGGUGAGGAAAAAGACUACGGCCCAUACAUGAACCACUGGCAAGCAUCAGUCGAUUUUGGAGAUACACCAAUGGGGUAUGGCCAAAAAUGGGUAAAUCGAGAACUACCUUUACCGGCUAAUCGUUCUUAUAGAGGAGACGGUACAAGGGAGCGAUUGGAAAAGAUAUCAGCAACUACUGGCGUCUUCAUAAUAGUUGGUGUUCUUGAAAGAUGUGGUGGAACUUUAUACAGCUCUAUCGUGUACAUUUGCCCCAGGUUAGGCAUUAUUGGGAAGAGGCGCAAGGUGAUGCCAACAGGCUUAGAAAGAGUUGCGUGGGGUCAAGGAAGCCCAUCAACAUUGGAAGCCGUGUCAACGACUAUCAGAGGAGUAAAAUUGAGGAUGUCAGCUGCCAUUUGUUGGGAGAAUUGGAUGCCGCUUUUACGACAAAGCAUCUACGAGCAGAAUAUCAAUCUGUUUCUCGGCCCCACUGCUCAUGCCACUGAGAUUUGGGUUCCGUUAAUGCAGACAAUCGGCGUUGAAAGCAGGGCUUUUGUAUUAUCAGCCACGCCAUGUAUUAGAGCAAAUGAUCUUCCGGGAUGGAUAACUGAAGCAGCUGAGCGAGGAGAUCAAAUAGUGAGUCGUGGAGGGUCUGUUAUUGUCUCUCCAAAGGGUAACCUCUUAGGAGGCCCAGGCUGGGAUCGGGAUGAUCAAAUUUUCAUCGCGGAGGUUGAUUUUGAUGAUUGUAAACUGUCAGGAGAUGACUGGGUAGUUGCGUCUCGUGCGAGACAAGAUGCAUUUGAGUUCACUGUUGAUGGGCUAGAUAUGAAGAAGGCCCAGAAAUAA